CCAUGCCAACAAUUAUGACCACCGACCACCCUGCGCGUCAGCUUCUGGACUUCAAUCAGAAGCUAGACAUUAAUCUACUGGACAAUGUUGUAAAUUGCUUGUAUCAUGGUGAGGGCCCACAGCAACGACUGGCGCAAGAGAUAUUAACCCAUUUAAAAGAACAUCCAGAUGCUUGGACCAGGGUGGAUACCAUUCUAGAGUUUUCUCAGAAUAUGAAUACAAAGUAUUAUGCCUUACAGAUACUGGAAAAUGUGAUCAAAACUCGUUGGAAAAUACUUCCAAGAAAUCAAUGUGAAGGAAUAAAAAAGUAUGUUGUUGGCUUGAUUAUUAAAACAUCUUCAGAGACUUUGGAGAAAGAUAAAGUUUAUCUUGGAAAACUGAAUAUGAUUCUUGUCCAGAUCCUUAAACAUGAAUGGCCCAAAAACUGGCCAACGUUCAUUAGUGAUAUAGUCGGAGCCAGCAAAACCAGUGAAUCUCUAUGUCAGAACAACAUGGUUAUUUUAAAACUCCUCAGCGAAGAAGUUUUUGAUUUCUCUAGUGGACAAAUGACGCAGGUGAAAGCCAAGCAUUUAAAAGACAGUAUGUGCAAUGAAUUUUCGCAGAUAUUUCAACUCUGUCAGUUUGUAAUGGAGAACUCCCAGAAUGCCCCUUUAGUCCAUGCGACCCUGGAGACGUUGCUGCGGUUUCUGAACUGGAUCCCUUUAGGUUACAUCUUUGAAACAAAACUCAUCUCCAGCUUGGUAUACAAGUUUCUGAAUGUACCCAUGUUUCGAAAUGUGACGUUGAAGUGUUUGACAGAGAUUGCUGGCGUUGGUGUCAGUCAGUAUGAUGAACAGUUCAUCUCGUUGUUUACAUUAACACUCAUUCAGCUCAAACAGAUGCUACCUGUGAAUACUAACAUUCGCCUUGCGUACGCAAAUGGGAAGGAUGAUGAACAGAACUUCAUCCAGAACCUGAGUCUGUUCUUGUGUACUUUCUUGAAGGAGCAUGGUACCUUAGUGGAAAGGACAAUGGAGCUCAGAGAGGCACUCUUGGAUGGUCUACACUACAUGAUUCUUGUGUCAGAAGUGGAAGAGAUAGAAAUUUUUAAGAUCUGUUUGGAAUAUUGGAAUCAUUUGGCAGGAGAGCUUUAUCGUGAAAAUCCAUUUUCUAUUAGUGCCUCUCCUGCUCUGGGCAAUCCUCACAGUGACGUCCCACCUCGGAGACAGAUCUACUUACCAGUGCUGUCAAAGGUGUGUAUGAUUUUAACCAGU